UUGCCCCUUGCCCCGUCAGCCACGCGCCCCGCUGCAGUGCCCGAUCUUUGCCGCCCAUCGCGAUGGCCCCGGGGAGUUGCGGAGCGACUUCUCGGUCGGCCAGAGGAAGAAUUCAGAUGUUCUCUAACUUAGGGAGCCGAGACUCCCGGGAGGACGAGAGGGAAGGAAUGGAAGGAAUGGAGGAACCCCCCCACCCACCGUUUCCAACCUGCUGGUGUCCUCGGUCCCGGAGAGCGGGGCUCCGCCCUCUCCACACUCAACACCUGGCGCUGGGGCGUGCCUCAGUUUACCAGAGGCGGGGCGUUCCUCCCCCCCCGCCCCUCCCCUUUUCCCUCUUCCUCUUCGGGGCGCUGGCAGCCGCGCCUCGAGCACUGCCGGAACUGAAGCUGGGCUCCGGGCGGCUGGGAGGCGGGGGGCCACGUCAGCGGGGCCGGCGGGGGCGGUGGAGAGAGCAGGUCGCGGCUGGCGCCAUGCGGCGGGGCGCGCUCCUUGCGGGCGCCCUGGCCGCGUACGCCGUGUACCUGGUGCUGGGCGCGCUGCUGGUGGCGCGGCUGGAGCAGCCGCACGAAGCUCGCCUGCGGGCCGAGCUGGAGACGCUGCGCGAGGAGCUGCUGCGCCGCAGCCCGUGCGUGGCCGCCCCCGCCCUGGACGCGUUCGUGGAGCGGGUGCUGGCGGCCGGACGGCUGGGGCGCGCCGCGCUCGCCAACGCUUCGGGGCCCGCCAACGCCUCGGACCCCGCCUGGGACUUUGCCUCGGCGCUCUUCUUCGCCAGCACGCUGGUCACCACCGUGGGCUACGGGUAUACAACGCCGCUGACUGAUGCGGGCAAGGCCUUUUCCAUCGCCUUUGCGCUCCUGGGCGUGCCGGCCACCAUGCUGCUGCUGACCUCCUCGGCCCAGCGCUUGUCGCUGCUGCUGACCCGCGCACCCCUCUGCUGGCUCACCGAGCGCUGCGGCUGGGACCUUCGGCGGGCGGCGCGCUGGCACCUGGGGAUCCUGCUGGGCGUCGUGGUGGCCGUCUGCUUCCUGGUGCCAGCUGCCAUCUUUGCCCACCUGGAGGAGGCCUGGAGCUUCCUGGAUGCCUUCUACUUCUGCUUCAUCUCCCUGUCCACCAUCGGCCUGGGCGACUAUGUGCCCGGAGAGGCCCCCGGCCAGCCCUACCGGGCCCUCUACAAGGUGCUGGUCACAGGUAGCUGGGGCAGGCGCCCCGAGGCUGGCCGGCCCUGGCCUGCAGCUGACGGGCCCGCGUCACGGAAGCUGCUGUAUUGGACCAUCCUCGACCACAAGGCCAUGUUCGUGGGGUUCUCGAGGCAUUGCCACCAGCUGUCUGUCCUUUGUUGUACCUGUCCCAGGCUCCCCGGGGCACCGCCACUGCCCUGUUCCUACUCCCCACCCCCCUUCUCCAUUCCCUCCACUCUGGGCUCUCUGGCUUUCCUGCCCCCUCUCCUUGCGUCUCCUUCUUUUACUGACUCCAUCUGCCUCUCCCUCAGCCACUCUUCAAGCGGCGCAUUCUAGCAGGCUCUGGGCUCAGACCUCAUUUCCGGCACCCGUCUGGUCACUCUGCUUUGGGGAAGUGGCUGCCUCUGUCUGGGCUUUGAGCUCCUUCUCUCUCAAAUGGAAAGAACAUACUCACUCAUCCAAAACUCAGUCCUUUGCGCAGGCCCCAGGCUGGGCAGCGAGAGGAACACGGUAGCAGCUGAGGUGGCCCUGGGCCCGGCUCUCAUGGUUCCCAGUCCAGUGAGGAAGACAGACCUGUCCCCACACAGCAGCAGCCCAGGAUAGGCAGGACUUCAGGGGAGGAGGCAGAAAGGUCAGUGGUGUGUUCCAGAAGGCUCAGGCAGAGGGGGCAGGGCUGAGGUGGAGGAAGCACAGUCCAGCCUGCAAGGUCAGGGAGGGCUUCCUGGAAGAAGGGAUAACAACUCAGGGGUAAAAGGUGGACCUGAGUUGUUUUUCUCAAGUGUUUCUAGGGAGCGGGAUCCGCGUGGAGAGCCCUGGGGCAUAGGCCUGUGGGACAGAGCCCUCCUCAGCAGCCUGGCAAGCAGGAAGCUGAGACAGGACCCAGCCUGGCUCCGGAUGGCACGGACGGCCCUGCUCUGAGCCGGGACACCAUUGUAACAGCUGUCCCCAUUUCCCGGGGACUAAUUGCAUAAGGUACACUGGACUCUGAAGCCAGCCUGCUUGGGCCCAGAUCCCAGCUUGGCUGCGUCCGGCCUCUGUCCUCGGGCAGUCACUUCACCUCUGUGAUUCUGUGUUUUGUCAUCUGUAAAAUGGCCACAGUAACAGUAGUUACUUCAAAGGUGAAGCCACAGAGCCAGCCAUGUUAUUCUGUGAGGCUUUCUUUGGCCAGGUCCUGUUCUGGGUAUUUGACAUAACAAGGAAGAUAACAUCCUCACCCUUUCCCACAGAUGAGGAAACUGAGGCACAAGGUCUCAGACACAGAGCUAGGAGGUGACUGGUUUUCUGUUUACUGCCCCCAGAUUUGCCCCCUCCCCAGAGGGUACGUCAGUAAGAGGGCUUGCUGCCAUGGGCCCAUCUACUGGACCAUUCCCUCUACCAAACCCUGUGGAAGUUACAGACGGGAUGGGGCAUUUGAGGCGGACCUACUAACGUUCAGGAGGAAAGGGCCCGGGAGGCACUCCAGGGAGAGGGACUGUGUGUGCCCGGAGGUAGGAAAGCCUGUCGAUGUCAGCUUCUGGCAAGUGGUUUACUGUGACUGGAAUAUGGGGGGAAGGAGGGAGGGAGGGUGGAGUGGUGGACACGGGUGCAUCUUAAGUGUCCUUAAAUGACCAGUUUGGGAACUUGCCCUCUUUCUUGAAGGCUAGAGAGCCGUGGAAGAAUUUUGAGGAGGAGAGGACUGUGGUCAGGUUUGGGCUUUAGCUGCUGUGUGGAGGUAGACUAGAGGGGGGACCGAGGCUGGGUGCACAGGGGAGGCUGGCGCAGGAACAGAGCAGGAGUUGAUGGGGCUGGGCGGGGCCGAGAGAAGGGAAGGGGGCAGUGGAGGUCAGGCUCAGGCGGCCAGGUGGACAGGCCCUGUGUAGGCCUUGCAGUCUUGGGACAGACAGGUUUGGGAAAGGCACAAGAAUGGUUGGCUGCCCCUGAGAUAGGGACCUGGGAAGAAAAAAUAAGUUUGAGGGGAGACACUGAGGCUUGUCUGGACCAUGGUGGGUGUGAGGGGCUAAAGGGACAUCCAGAGGAAGGCGUCAGAAGGUCUCAGGGUGUGGUUGAGGCUGGAGACAGAUGGGGGAACUGAGGCCGUGAGGGUAGGUGUGGCAGCCCUGGGCAGGGGGAAGAGAGAACACCAGCCUUGAGGAGUCAGCUUUAGGGUGUUGAUAUAUCUAUAUCAGUAAGGAAACACUUGUGAUGAGCCCUGGGUGUUGUAUGGAAGUGAUGAAUCUCUAAAUUCUACUCCUGAAACUAAUAUUACACUAUAUGUUAACUGACUAGAAUUUAAAUAAAAAUUUAAAUAAAAACUUGAAACAUUAAAAAAAAAGUAAGGAGAGAUUUGGGCUGCAAGUAACAAGAUCCUGAUUGGCGCUGGCUGAAACAAUGAGGUGAUUGUAUAUUGCCCAUCACCAGAGUUGGGGAGAGCUCUGCGAAUGAGACAGUCCACAGCUCCAGGUGGGUCUUGUGGCCUGAGGUUCCCAAUUUCUUUAUUCUGCCACCUUUAGGUGAAGGCUUGGCUCCACAUGGGCUCUCUCAUGGCCCCAGAGUGACUGCCACAGGUCCAGGCAUCACAACCAGACAUGAUAAUUUUUAGUGCAAGAAACAGGGGGCAUCUCUUCCCAUAUUGUCUUUUUGGAAGCAAGGAAAACUUCCCCCAAAGCCUCCCUACAGACUUCCUCCUCCAUCUCAUUGGCCAAAAUUGACUCACAUGUCCAUCUUGAACCAAUCCUUGCUCAGAAUGAUGGAGCCCCCAUGAUUAACUGGGAUUCCUCAGGAUUCCCCCUGCCACCUGCAAUUGGGGCUGAGACUGAGAUUUUGGUUCAGAGGCUGGUGAAUGUAUGAACAAAACUGGACUUUUAUUAGAAAGACAGGGUGGGGAGGGAAUGGGCAGACAUUGAUUAAGCUGUCAGGGUCAUCAUGUACAGUUGUGCAGGUCAGGAACUACAUAAGGGAUGUCUGGCUGGCAGGGUGGAAACAAACAAGGGCUGAAAUUCAAGGCUGAAAAUGACCCAAAGGGGCUUCCUUUUCUAGUUAACAUAAGGGCUCCAUAUGACAAGCAGUGACCUUUCAACCGGUGUCCUCAUACCUGAGAGAAGAGCUUACAAAGGAGACAGAAAAGGAGUUCCAUAGAAGAAUAGGAAAACCAAGAGGGUAGGGAGAAUCAGUAAGAGAUGAGAGAAUUUUAAGGAGAAUUCACCAUUGUCAAAUCAUGCUAAAAAGUCACACAAGAUUGUUUUAAUAACAGUGAUAAAAAAACACUUACAUAGGAUUUACUAUGUGCCAGGCACUGUUCCAAGCUCUCGAUAUGUAAUUUGUUUAACCUUCUCAGCAACUCUAUUAGGUACAUUUUCUAUAUUUUACAGUUGGGGAAAGGCCCAGAGAGGUUAAAUAACUUGCCCAAGGUCACACAGGAGGUGCAGAACUGGAAUCUGAGCAAAGUUUUGUUUGGUCACCUUGUCCCACAGGAGCUCAGAAACAGCUGCUGUCUAGCUCUCUGUCAGCUUCCCAGCCUUUCAGGCUCCUCAUGGUUGACCUCACUGCUCAAGUCAGCAGCUGGCUGGGGGAGACAGUCGCUUCUCACCUUGCAGGAGGUGCCUGUGUGAUCUGGCUUCUACUCUUCACUGCUUCUCCUUCUAGAUUCUUCUAGAAAAAGAAACCAGGCCCUGUUUAAUCAAGACAUGGGAGGGGAGAGUGCAGGCUAAAAAUUCAAAAGGUACAAAAAAGUGUACAGUGGAAAGUCAGUCUUUCUUCGGCAAUCAGGCUGUGUUCACCGAUUUCUCAGGUUUUCCGGGCAAAUGUCAGCAAUGUGUGUGCGCAUAUGUGUGUCAUUUAUUUUUUCCUUCACUCUGCUCACGUGCUAUCAAGUACGGCAAGGUGGUUACAGUCACAGACUCUAGUGGCAAAGUCCUGGGUAUAAGUCUGAACUCUGUCACUCCCAAGCUCUGUGGCUUUGGGCAAGUGAUUUCACCUCCCUGUGCCUGAGUUUGCUAAUCUGUAAAAUGGGAUGAUAACAGCACCUACCUCAUGGACUUGUUCGAGAAUUUAGCAACUUAAUAUCUGUAAAACUCUUAGACCAAUGUCUGGUACUCAAUAAAUUGUUGACUAAUGAUUAUUA